AGCCGCCGGUGGAGGCGGGGCUCUGGCCAGUUCCCCUUCCACCUUCCCCCACCCUCCUCAUCCAACCUCUGUUUGGCCCCUAGCUCGGUUCCAGACGUGCCGCAGCUGUUUCCCAGCUCCUUUCACGACUCCAGCGAUCGACCAGAGAAGCCCCUGUUUCCAGGAUGGUGAUCCAUGUGUAUAUUGCAUCUUCUUCUGGCUCUACGGCGAUUAAGAAGAAACAGCAAGAUGUGCUUGGUUUCCUAGAAGCCAACAAAAUAGGAUUUGAAGAAAAAGAUAUUGCAGCUAAUGAAGAGAAUCGGAAGUGGAUGAGAGAAAAUGUGCCUGAAGACAGUCGACCAGCCACAGGGUACCCCUUACCACCUCAGAUUUUCAAUGAAAGCCAGUACCGUGGGGAUUAUGAUGCCUUCUUUGAAGCCAGAGAAAAUAAUGCAGUUUAUGCCUUUUUAGGCUUGACAGCACCACCUGGUUCAAAGGAAGCAGAAGCUCAGGCAAAGCAGCAAGCAUGAAUGUUCUGUGUUCUUCCUUCAGCACCUUGAAAAAUAAUGAAGUCUCCAUUGCUUUUACAGAGAUUCUUGCUUCAAAAGAAAUAUGCUUCCAUGUUGAAAUAGUAGAUUAGUUGAUGUUUUUGCAUGCAAACAAGCAUAAUGAAAAUGUGAACAUGGUGGUAAGAAAUUAGAGAUGAAUUUAAAACUUUAAGUAGAUAUCAUAGAGUAGCAUUGUAAUCUACAUCUACCAAGGCAUUUCAUGUUCUGUAAGGAUUUUACAAAAAACCAAUAUGCUCCUUCUUUUAUAAUUACAUUUCAACUUUGAGGAAUUAAAAAAGGAGAGAGAGAGAGAGAGAGAGAGAGAGAGAGAGAGAGAGAGAGAGAGAGAGAGAGAGAGACUUACUCGAAAAAUGCCUCAUUAUCUUUAGUGACCAUGAAUAUUUUGAUGUGAUGUUACUGUUGUUGAAAUGUAUUUACAGGUUAUGUUCAUGAUGUUUUAGCCAUUGUAAUUUCCUAUGGUGAUUAUGACAUUCUUCUUUUAUCAAAGAAACAUGUAUGCCCAGAACCACAAGUUUUCUAGACUUCUAAAUGUAACCUUUCAUUGCACAGUCAGUGAUCAAAUUAGUUGACUUCCCAUAAGACAAGCAUUGAGUGCAUUCAACUGACAAAUUCCAUGCUUAUGCAUGCAGUUAUAAGCAUGUUUCUAAAUUGCUUGCCUCAGUAAAAUGUGGAUAUGUAAGUCAUGGAGAAAAGAUGGCAGUUCAUUUUAAAUUGGCCCUUCCUUGCAAAGAACACAGACUUUUAAUUAACAGUUAUACACUAUCUUGCCCCUCAAUGCUUAAGAUUUAUUUUCUUACAGUGUUUGCUCAAAGAAGUAGUAGUGGCUCUUGUCUCUUGCUUUAACACUGUUGGUGAUCAUGAAUGAUACUGUUCUUAAUAGGUAAGCUUUUAGUUUCAGUUUAGGCAGACCGUGUCACAUAUCCAUUCAAGUAGAAAGAAUCACUAAGCACACCUUGAUCUUUUGAGAAAGUACAAGUAUCAAAGAAAAGCAGCAACUUUUGAAAUCGUUUGAAGAUAAGCAAGAUCCAAAGCAUUCAACCAGAAGAUGUUGAUAUUGUACCUUUGUCUAAUAUGUGAUUUUUAAAACAAACAAACAAAUAAACAAAUACCUUUUACUUCUAAUUACUAUUAUCAUGGUAUCUGCCGUUUACUAGACUGUACUAGGCAAAAAUUCAACAUAUAAUGAAGCCAUAGCUCUGUUUACUGAAACUCAAGCAUGAAUUGAUGCUUUAAAAUAAAUGGUUUUAAAAAUUAUGUGUUACUCGACUCUAAAUGUUAUACAGUAAUUUUGAUUAGUAAUUGCUGUUUGUAGAUGUUUAGAAAGGAGAAAAACCAAAUCAAACAAAACAAGAAUAAAAAACAAUUUGAAGACAAUUUUUAGUGAUCUUAACUUUGAACUAUGAAUCAGAGUCAAAGUAUUCCAUUUUCUCUUUUUCUUUUGACAAAAAAGAAAAAAAAAUAGUUUUGGAGAUUUCUAUGGAAGACAGUGCUUCAGAUGAAUUUUGGAGUGAGUAAAAUACUUUUAGCCAAUGUUUUUCCUCAAUGUUGCUAAAUGCUACAGGUGAUACUUGCAAUAUUCCAUGUGGACAAUUUAGCUUUAAGCUUUUCUUUUGUAUUAAAUAAUACUGUCUGAAUAAGCAUUAUUCAAAAAUAGAUACAUUGGGGGAUGUUUAUGACCAUGGGAUACUACCCUGAAGUCUGUAGAUUUAAAGUACAAGUUUGAAUUGUGUCUUCUCUGAUUGAAGCCUCAUUUUGUCAACUGAGAAACAUUCCUGUUAGAUGAAAGAAAGGGAAAUAAAAGUCUGAGAAUUAAGAUGAGUUUUGAAGAAAGCUUCCAUAGUAUGUGCUUGGAAGUAAAAUUCUUACUGCUUUUCAUAGUAUGUUUGGCAUAUUUGUGAUUCUAAAUCAUACCUGGUAAUUGGUGAAUUUCAUAUUUUAGAGCUGAUUUGCCUUUUAGAAAUUUCAAUCUUCAGAAAGUUCCAUUUUCAAAAACAGUAUCAAUUGUUAAUUGUAUUGCUAAAUGUGGACACUUCUUUGGGAACCCGAAUAGAGAAUUUUGAAACAAAGAUUGUUUUGAUUGGGAAAGACAGAGUACAGGGAGUUUUGGUGAAAUCAGACUUCAUUCCUUAAGUAAAACCCACACAAAGUAGAACUCACAUGGAUUUUGUUAAGCAGUCAGUGUUUAAAAUAUACAAAGUACAACAUUAAUUCUUUUCUAUGGAACACUGAUACUUUUCAUCUGAUCAAUUUCAAUAAAACUGAUUAAAUGAUUCA